CAAAGAACACCCCUUUUCAGGGUCCUGGAGGCGAAAUCGAAUUUCCAAAAAUGCCAUUAUUGGGGGGCUUGGAUUGCCAUGAUAUUGAACACCCGGUAAGAAGGAACCGCUGACUGACAGCGGUGCCUGGCAAAACCCGGGUGCCUCUCCCUUUUCUACUAAACUGCCGAUAUGGAACAAUCGGAUUUGAUUGCACUCCCUUGCUCCCCUGUCUCUCCAAUUGCUCGCCGGAAUUGCUCGCUGGUGUUAUUUUUAUUAUUUUUUUUUAUCUUCUUUUUUUUUCAGUUUUCCCUCUUCGUUCAAAAAAAAAACCAAGCGCCAAUUGCACCUUGCCGUUCCCACACACCAUACUACAUCACACACCACCCCAUUCAGACGUGGUUUUUAAAUUCCUUGCCCUCUUCUUUUUCUCUGCUGCACUUCCUAUUUGACCCGGCCCCGCUGUUGUUACCCUCGUUUCGUGCUCUCGCUCACACACACGCACACACACGCACACACAACCAUGCGCGUAACGAUAAACCGCCCGCUCACCGCCUCUUUUUCCCGGCAGGUUUUCUUUUUUUCUCUGUUGUAGCAAUUGGGGGCUACCUACCUGCCUGCCUGCCUACCUGCCUGCCUGCCUGCCUGCCUGCCUGCCUGCUUGACGUACGUGUUGCAUGCCCACCAAGGGAGCUAGUUUCUACCAUUCUGAGAGGUACGACGUCACCACCCUCCGUGCCCACCUACCUACCUACCUACCCAAUCCGCCUCCCCGCCCUUCGGCCCCGGCUUGCUUUUGUAACACGUAGUGCUAUGCGACGUGGGGUUUGAAGCUCUGUAUCGUUGUGUGUGUGUGUGUGUGUGAGGCAGGAUGUGACAAGGUCA